AUGACGUAUGGGCAUAUGUUUGGAUGGACAGAUGAGGCAAAUCCCAGCAAUGAUAAUAGUGCAGGUAUGACUAAUCCUAGACAACCGAACUGGACAACCGAUAAAGCCCCAGCAACGAAAUCCGCUAAUCUCUUGCCCACCCGUAUCCAUACAGCCAAGAACAUCAUGAAUACUAGUGACGGCCAGCUCGCUGCCAUCUACUCGGGAUGGGCAACUCCUACUGCCAUAUUUCCCACUGACACUGGCAGUCAAGGUUUCAUGAUCUGGGGUGCUGCCCUUGUAUUCAUCAUGACACCUGGUUUGGGUUUCUACUACUCUGGAAUGGUCAGAGCAAAGAAUGCCUUAUCGCUCAUCAUGAUAUGUUUCAUGGCAAACAGUGUGGUGACGAUGCAGUGGAUCGCCUUUGGUUUCUCUUUAACUUUCUCUGAAGGAUCUGGCGGAUUCAUUGGUGACUUUGCACACGCUGGUUUGUCAAACACUGGUCCAUGGGCUAUGCCAUUGACUGCCCCAGCAAUCUCAUCCACCACAUUCAUGUUGUACCAACUCAUGUUCGCAACCAUUACCCCCGCUCUUAUCUUCGGAUCCGUCGCCGAUCGAUUCCGAAUUCUCCCUGCAAUGAUCUUCAUCUUCUUCUGGGCCACCUUUGUCUAUGACUUUGUUGCAUGCUGGACCUGGAAUGUAAACGGAUGGCUCCACAACUUGGGAGGUGCUGGUAACGGUUCCUUCGACUUUGCUGGUGGAGGACCAGUACACAUCGCUUCUGGAUUCGGAGGCUUGGCCUACGCUAUGGUCUUGGGUGUACGAUACCGUCGUGGUAACGAAGAAUUCAAGCCCCACAACUUGGUCAAUGUCUUCUUGGGCACUACUCUCCUCUGGUUUGGUUGGGUUGCCUUCAACGGUGGUUCUGCUCUAGCUGCUUCUCCACGUGCUUCUAUGGCUGCAUCCGUCACUACCAUCGCCGCCUCUGCUGGUUCAAUCACCUGGCCUUUGUGGGAUUACAUCUGGUCCCGAAAGAUGUCUGGUCUUGGAUUCUGCUCUGGUGCCGUCGCUGGCCUUGUAGCAAUCACCCCAGCUUCCGGAUACGUUGCUCCAUGGGCUGCAGUCAUCAUUGGUUCCUCUGCUGGUGUCUUCUGUAACAUGACUUGUCGUAUUAAGACCGUCUUUGGUUUCGAUGAUUCUCUUGACGCAUGGGCAGUACACGGAUGUGGUGGUGUCUUGGGUGGUAUCUUGACUGGAUUCUUCGCUCAACGAUGGAUUAUUCAACUCGAUGGAUCUCUCCCCUUGGGAGGCUGGAUGGACCAACACUGGAUCCAAAUGGCUUACCAAAUCGUAGGAUGUGUAGUCAUUGCUUUCUGGGCCUUCUUCGUUUCAUACAUAAUGCUCAUCAUCAUCAACCGUAUCCCCGGUCUCCACCUCCGUCCUUCUGAAGAAGAAGAAAUCUUGGGUGCUGAUCUCGCUGAAAUGGGUGAAGUUGGAUACGAAUUGGUCCCAUCAUCCUUGGAAGUCUUAGAUGAAAAGGCCACUGCUACCGCCACCGUUUAA